CUUACUUCGCUGCGGAAGCAUCGGGAAAUUAGAUCUUCACGGGAAGACACGCCACGGCCCCUUGCAGCCAGAACCAUUCGAAUUAACCGGGUGUUGCAUGAUAUUUUUAACGGAUAUCACUCAGAUCUUCUCCUUCUAGUGAGGCAAAUGCAAUAAACAGAACCUUUGUCACCUUGUGUCAGCACCUCCUCAUCCUUGUUACCAACGACUCCUGGCACUCCUUCAAUCCUCCUUUCGAUCUUGGACACGCUCUUUUCCUCCCCUCCUCUUUAGUCUUAAACCGUAUCUAUCAAGGCCUUCCAUGAUGCCUGGCCGAACACUCCCCACGAUCCCGCAGGCGGAAGUUGAGACACACAACACGAAAGACUCGUGCUGGGUUACGAUUGGGGAGCGCAUAUUCGAUGUGACCGACUUUGUUGAAGAUCAUCCUGGUGGCGGUGACUUGAUUUUGGAAUAUGCCGGCAGGGAUGUCAAGCAAAUCAUGGAGGACGAGGUCUCCCAUUUCCACACCGAGACUGCGUACGAGAUCCUCGAGGAGAGCCUUAUUGGAUUCAUGCCGACCGAGCCUGUCCUGAAAGCCGCAACGGCAUCUUCUCACCCCGACCAAGUCGUCCCUCUACCUGCUACCGCCAACGGAAACGCCGAGUUGAGGAAGCAGGGAGUACAAACGUCAGAUCUACCUACAAGAGCAGUGUUUGAGACUACUGGUAUGUCUUGUGCUGAAGACCUCUCGAAAGACACCGAUUUGGAUAAAGACUGGAAACAACACAAGUUCUUGGACUUGAACAGACCAUUGUUCACCCAAAUGCUGUUCAGCAAGUUCUCCAAGGAAUUUUAUUUGGAACAGAUACACCGACCUCGACACUAUCGUGGAGGCGACUCUGCUCCGUUGUUUGGAAACAUUCUCGAGCCACUCAGCAAGACGGCGUGGUAUGUUGUGCCAGCGCUCUGGCUCCCCCCGGUGUUUUACGGCUCAUACCUCGGCCUCACAAAUCUACCUAUUCCCCAGGGCCCUGCCUACUGGGCCCUCGGUCUCUUCCUCUGGACCUUGGUCGAGUACCUCCUCCACCGCUUCCUCUUCCACGUCGACUACUACUUGCCUGAUAACUCCGUCUUCCUGACGCUCCAUUUCGUCCUGCAUGGCAUUCAUCACUACCUCCCCAUGGACAAAUACCGACUUGUGAUGCCUCCAACGCUGUUCCUCAUCCUUGCGACGCCGUUUUACAAACUCGCACACACCGUCUUUUGGUAUAAUUGGUACGCUGCCAUCACCGUCUUCUCUGGCGGCAUCUUCGGAUAUGUCUGCUACGACUGCACGCACUACUGGCUCCAUCAUCAUCAAUUGCCGGCCUACGUGCGUGAUUUGAAAAAGUACCAUCUGGCUCAUCAUUACCAGAACUACGAACUCGGGUUCGGCGUGACCUCCAAGUUUUGGGACUACGUCUGGGGCACUCAACUCGAAUAUGCCAAACCCAUCAAAACAAACUAGAAUGGAGCCCUCCAAGUGACGAUUAUAGGUGCAUCCGCGUCGUCACAAAGACUGAAUUGUGCUGCCUAUCCUCAAUUCAAGACAUCACGCAGUCGAAUCAUUCCCUACACUUUCGAUUUUUUUGUUUUGUACAAUAUUCCCAGCAAGUUCAUUUCAUCCAGAUGAAGAGACCGUUUGCACGGUGGGCGUUGGCUCUGUUCUGUUUCAGGAGGAAGUUUUUCUUCCAACUCGGGGAGGGUCAUCAUAGACUAGUCACAAAACAAAACUCAUCGACCUUGAGUAAAGUAAUAAUCCUAAUGAAUUAAUGAUCCACUCAUAUUCUAUACAACGCAUUACUAGCUCGAUACGAAGUGUGUAUACCAAGUACAAAUUGUG